UUCUAUUGUGGAUCACGGAUUUGUAUUUUAAACCACCACAAAUCCUAUGCCCUCUGGAAAAUGAGAGUCGAGGACGAUCACUGUGAUUUCUACCUCGUCGGUAAAUCAUCGGCGAAGCACCCAGGUUUCGGAGGUAAUGUGAUUCACUCGUGCCUCACAGCGGAUCGGAACAGAAGAAACAAGUCCCUGACUGGAAGGAUAGACCGAAGAUCAACGAUUUUCUUAUUACUUCUACUCUCAGGAGAGACUGAACUAAACCCUGGACCAGUAACCACCCGGUUAAUGUUGUCUCGCCUAGCGAAGUCUAGCAGUGCCGUAUCAACACCCAUGACCGUUGCUAACGACGCUAAGGAAGCCAGCUUAGCUGCGGGACCUCGUCGGAGCUAUGCUAAAAACAUUAGCUCUCCACCUGCGCCAGCCCUCACAUGCUCAUCAUCACCCGAGCUCACCUGCGUUCCAGUGGCGGAGGAAGACAGCCCAGACACCGGUGAGGACACCGGUGAGGACAGCGGUGAGGACAGCGGCUCGGCGGCAGACGGCGUAAUGGCGGUGGACGACACCCUGGUCACCAGUGAGGACGGUUCCCCCCAGACCCUGACGGACUACACCGCGGCGCAUGGACCCCCCGCGGCCUACACAGGCUUCAGGGGAUUCUUUGUUCAACCCUGGUCGUUGUUCUCAGCCUCACCGAAGCCCGCGAAAACAACCCCAUCCCCCCCUACCUGGGCCCCCCCCUCCCCCACUCCUGGAUCCCCCAUCACCUGGCAGAUGAACAAUGGGCCUCUCUCCCCCUCCCUUAAGCCUCUCCUUCCAAACAGAGAAUUGGACUCCACUGCAACAACCAACAUGGUCAUCCCACCAUCUUCUGGACAAUACCUUUCCCCAGCGGACUCUGAUGUUCUCUUUGGUUCCAGUGGGCUACACAUUAUCCACCUUAAUGUGAACAGCCUCUCUGGAACCAAACUAGACCAAAUCAGAGAAAUGUUCCAUGACCACAAGUGGGUGUGUUUUGGGCGUAGGCGUGGCUCCAGCUCUCAGCCUGGCACAGCUGAUCCCAGCACCCUAAUCACUCACCUGCCUGUCAUCAACUCAUCACCUACAGCCUACAAAUGUUUGGACUUCACUCGGCGCGAUCGCCAGAUCGUUUCACCUUUCUACAUGUGUUCCCUACCUGCCGUGUGUGCCUGCUCAGCCUGCUAGCCUCAGCCUGCUAGCCUCAGCCUGCUAGCCACAGCCUGCUAGCCUCAGCCUGCUAGCCUCAGCCUGCUAUCCACAGCCUGCUAGUCACAGCCUGCUAGCCUCAGCCUGCUCGCCUCAGUGUGCUCUCCUGGACUGCCAAGCCAAGGACUACGAGCUCCCUCCUUUUCCUCUGGUUGUAUUAAUAAUAACCCUUGAACUUUAAAUCUGUGUGUCUUUUCUGCAUUUGGGUCCACCAGUUUUACCAACCGUGACAGCUGGUAUCCGGCAAGGACAAAUCACAGGUGGAAAAAAUCCUCAGUGCCGAACUCUGUAGAAUUCUUACCUGGCUCGCUGACAAUAAGCUAUCCAUACACUUAGAGGUAAAACGGGAUUCAUCCUAUUUGGGUCCCACAUUAACCUUAAGAAAGUCAGUGACUUCACUAUUAAAGUGGGUGACAUUGUUAUCACCAGGAAAGAUGAGGUCACCUACCUAGGUUCCAAUCUAGAGGCUAAUCUUUCCUGUGAUAAAAUGGCAACCAAGGUAAUCAAAAAGGUCAACCAACGAACAAGAUUUCUCUACAGAAUCUCCUCUCUGGUCAACAAAAGCACUAUGAAGAUUCUAGCGGGAACUCUCAUUCAACCUUUUUUCGACUACACAUGCACCUCC